AUGGCCAACCCUUUGCCUGACCCCACGCUGCAAGAGCCGGCCGCAUCAAAUACAGCUUCUCUGCCUCCGAUACCACCGUCCAAGACAAACGAACUAUCACAUGAUGUUGCUCUUCAAAUUGACCAUAUUUUGUCACCAGCCAAGCAGCAGUUGCCCAACGGCGAUCCAAUCCACCUGCCGUCAUACAGCCUAGCCGAUCGCUCUUCGCUCGAAUCGCAACUGGACCAACUUCUCAGCUCGACAACAACGCAGGAUGAACAGAUCAGCCUUGGCUCGAUCGAUCGUGUACAGGCCAUUCUUCGGCUCCAGAUCCGAGCUUGUCGAGAGCAGAUCACCCAGCUCACCGCCGAGCUCGAAGCAGAGAUCGACACCAAUCGCAUGACGCAAGUGCAGCAGGCGAUUGCAGCGCUACUCGAGCAGCUCCUUUUGAUCCGCGAGAAAGCACGCGAGUCUGAAAAUGUCGUCAAGGAGAUUACUCGCGACAUUCGAAGCCUCGAUAUCGCCAAACGCAACGUGGUUUUCAGCAUGACCGCGCUCAAACGACUUCAGAUGCUCGUCAACGGCGUCGAUCAACUCCAGCGCCUCGCCGAGACCAAACGCUACAGAGAAGCUGCCUCGGCGCUACAGGCUGUAAGGUCGCUUCUCGAUUUUUUCCAGUCCUAUCGUGGCGUCGAGCGCAUCGCCUCUGCAUGGAAGCAAGUCAACGAGCUGCAAAACAGUCUGCGCGCCACCAUAAUGAAGGACUACGAAAACUUCUUUUUGCACGAUCCCAAUCGUGCAGUGCGCUCCACGAAUUUGCCUGAAUCCGCCCUUGUCAUCGAUGCUAUCGGAGUCGAAGCAAAAACUGCGCUCAUCGACUGGUAUUGCUCGCUACAGCUUCGCGAGUAUCGCCGCAUUUUCAGAGCUACCGACGAGGCGGGCCAGCUCGAUAAUGUCUCGAGACGAUUUGCGUGGUUCAGAAGAAUUUUAAAGAUUCACGAGGAGGAACAUGCGGCUGCCUUUCCCGACCACUGGAAGGCCGAACGAUGGCUCAUUCGUCGUUUCGCCGAUGUCACCAAGGAAGAUCUACGCAGUGUUCUCAUCCGUGAGCAGUCGAGACUCAACGUGUCGACUCUCAUGGAGGCGCUCAAUUCAACGCUUGAAUUCGAAGCUGCCAUGAGUCGUCGUUACAAUACGUCCUUUGAGGAGCUCAUUACACCACCUACGUCUACCACGAAUGCUACAACGCAGUCACAGCAGCAGCAAACACAGACGCUCUCGGACGUGUUUGACCCCUAUCUCGGCAUCUUUGUCGAGGCGCAGGAUCGAGCGCUUGGAGAAAUGUUUGUUCAGUAUCGACGUCAAGGCGCACGCAUCUCGUACGAUGGAGAGCAGCAGGCGAAUGGAGGACUCGGAAGGGACGGCGUAUUCGAGCCUGCCAGCGGCGUCGAUGGUGCGGCGUCCAACUCGAGUGGAGGAGGUACCACAGUUCUUCCUUCGUCGACCGAAUUGUUCUAUUUUUAUCGCCAGACGCUGGAGCAGUGCGCACGAUUGUCGAAUCGCGAACCGUUGCGCGACCUGUACGAAGUGUACCGCAGAUGGCUUCGCGUGUACGCCGAAGACGUGCUGCGAUUUUCGCUCGUCCGUCCCGAACCCGCCCGUCGUUCGAUCGAUGUUCGUCCGAACAUUGCCGAGAUCCAGAAAUGGUGCCUGGUGCUCAACACGGCCGAUUACUGCGCUAGCACCUCGAGCCAGCUCGAAGAGAAGCUUCGUGAAAAGAUCCACGCUGAUUUCAAAGAGAGCGUUAGCCUUGACGAGGAACGUGAUAUCUUCAGCACGCUCGUUUCAUAUGCUGUUCAGACACUGGCGAGGGAGUUCGAGCUGUGUUCCGAGCCGAUUUGGAACUCGAUGCUGCGCCCCGCUGUUGCGUGGAGCCAGCUGCAGCCUCGGUCUAAUGCUUUGGGAGGCGGCAGCAAGUCGCAGUACGUGGUGGACAUGGCGAGCCUGUUGGAACAGAUUGGGGUAGUGGUGAGGCAAGAUGUGGAGAACAAAAGGUACGUUCGAAGUUGGUGUGAUAAGGUGGUUAGCGUGUUGACGACGCGCUUCUUGCACGCGUUGGUGCGAUUGCGGCCGUUGACGCAGGCGAUGGUUGAGCAGCUGAUGGUGGAUGCGGCAGAAUUGAAGAAGAGCAUGGUGGAGCUACCGCGAUAUGCGGUAGACGAUCUGGGCGUGGGUGUGGAUGGCAGUGCCAGUGCUACAGAAGCGAGUUUGUCGCCUUGGACGCCGGCUCCAUCGGCAGAGCAGACGGCGCUGUCUACACAGGCGGCUUCGUACGUCCGUUAUGUUUGCCGACUUACGGAGCGUAUCGAUAUGUUACUGCGUGUGGUGCUUGCGCCGGUCGAGGUGGAUCGUUCCACCACAUCGAAAGGCUUGGACAACGAUGGCACGCGGACCAAAUUAGAUCUGAUCGAAUGCUACGUGAAGCUGGUCGGCGAUCGAUCGUUUUCCAACUUUCAAAAAGUGCUCGAUCUCAAGGGCGUACGCAAGGUGGACCAGAACAGCCUGCUCGAUCGAUUCCUCCAAGUGACGGCUUCUAUGGACGAGGCAACGUCGGAUGCUGCAACGGCGCAGCUGAAGGACCAGAGCUUCCUUACGCAGCUCGAUAUGGAUCCUCCUUCUCAUCCGGUCUUGUCUUCGCCGUUGAGCGCAUCAACGCCCUCGUUUUUGGAUAACAGUGCGAGGAGGGAUAGCGGCAUGGUCAGGUCCGCCAGUCUGUUCGCUCCGGAGAGCGCAAAGAGUCCGACGCUCGCGAAUCCGCCCACUUUCGACGCACACGCUCAGGGCGCCGGAAGAGCGUUUAGCGAUCUCAGGAAGUUUGGUAACUUCUUCGGCGCGUUGGCGAGGAAGGAUGGUAGCAAGCAGUGA